AUGGUCGACAGCCCUGCCCCGCCCACUCCCGGCGGCGGCUACGACGACACGGCCUCGCGCUCCGGCACCAAGCGCGAUGCCACGGAUGCGCCCACCCCCGGCGGCGACGACUCCGCCGGGGGAGGAGCCCGCAAGAAGAAGAAGACGGGCCCGGGCAGUCGCGGCGUUGCGAACUUGACCCCCGAGCAGCUGGCCAAGAAGCGGGCUAACGACCGCGAGGCCCAGCGCGCCAUCCGCGAACGCACUAAGAACCAAAUCGAGGCUCUUGAGCGCCGCAUCCACGAGCUCACGAGCCAGCAGCCCUACCAGGAACUGCAGGCCAUCCUUCGUGCCAAGGAGGCCGUCGAGCAGGAAAAUGCCGAUAUCAAACGCCGCCUCGCUGGCAUUGUCGCCAUGCUCCAGCCCCUCAUUGGACAAGCCGCCAUUGAGCAAGCAUACAUCUCGCCAGGCCAGACAUAUGCUCCUCCCGUACAUAAUAAUCAAGGCCCCCUAGGCGUCCACGGCAACCAUAACAACGGUGCCGUCUCAACGCCCGGCAGCGUCCCCUCGCCUCCAGGCCAUGACCCUUCCUCUCAUCUACACCAGCAGCAGCACUGGCAACCACAGCACCCUGGUGCCGGAAACGGUGUAGGUCCCGAUGCUCAAGUAAAUACACAGUUGGUCCAGCAAAGGAACGACCUGCGUCAUGGACUAGAUCUCGGACCGGAACGUCUGGGCCUGGACUUUUUGCUUGACCCCACGCAGCGUGUCAACCGGAUCCAGAACGGACUCAACAGUGCCCAAGAUACGCCGUCGUUUCACCACAUGCCAAUGAAGCAUGACUGGACGGGCGUCUCAUCCGAACGCGCCUUGCAUAAUCGGUCCGCUAGCUGGGAAUCUCAGGGGAGGCCCUUUCAGCAAGGAUCUGAGCAGCUCCAACCUCAACAACAUCAAAAUCACCACCAACAACACCAAUACGCUCAGAACCAACAGAAUACUCUUCCUACCGGCCCCGAAAGCGUGUGCUCCGGCCCGAGCCCGGGGCCAAGUGUCUGUACUCCCGGCGGCCCCAUCUCUACUCCCGGCCCCAUGCCGCCCCGGCCUGACCUUGGCAUGACCGACUAUUCGGCCCCGAUCAAGAACUGCGCGCCAACGUGCCCGCUUGAUUCCCUCCUCCUCGACUUCCUUAGUGAACGCCGCCAGCGUGCUGCCGAUGGUCUGUCCGUCCAUGAAGUCGUUGGGCCACGCUAUCCCUCGGUGUCCUCCCUCCUCAACCCUGCUCAGAGCGUCUUCAGUCACCCGCUCUCCAAGGUCUUCACCGACAUCCUCUCCACAUUUCCAGAUAUAUCAAACCUACCCGAGCGGGUUGCCGUCCUCUAUAUCAUGUUUCUCAUCAUGCGCUGGCAAAUAUCGCCAACCCAAGACAACUAUGAGCGCCUGCCCGAGUGGGUCGCACCAUCUCCCGCACAGCUCAACACGCCUCAUCCAGCUUGGGUUGAUCAUGUACCGUUCCCUCGCAUGCGUGAGCGUAUCGUCCGCGAGUAUAAUCCGGCGGUCUACCCGUUCGAUAACUUCUUCAUUCCUUUCACAACUACUCUAACUCUGUCGUGGCCAUACGAAGACACCGACACGCUGCUGCAGAAUCCAGACGGCGACGAGCUCAUGAUCAAUCCAGUCUUUGAGCGUCACCUACGCAACCUCGACAACUGGAAGCUCGGAAAUGCCUUCGCCAAGGCCUUUCCCACACUGCUCGAUACCUUUAACCUGGACUCUCGGCCCCCAGCGUCAGCGCCAGGGUCGGUGGGUAGCCGGUAACAUGGGUUCUAAUUUUGUAUUUCCUUUGCGGCCAUUCAUAAACAGGGCUGUUCAUGAAUCUUGCAUUUCCAAGGCUUUUGGACAAAAUCAACGAGGGGGUGUAUGGGAUCAUACGGCGUCAUAUGGAUAGUACGGGCGUUAAAGGAGGGAUAGCCGGCCCGCUUCACCAAUUUGUCUUUUUAACAAUUAACAACGGGCUCAUCGGGUGGGAGGUUUGCAUCUUUAGCAGGGAGGUUCACCUGAUACCAGCGAUCAUUCAUAGAUAAAUGCCAUUUUGGGCAUAGAUACUCUAUACUUUAUGCUGUGUCAUCCUACUCGUUGCUUCAUAGUGAGCCACAGGUAACCAUUUC